AUAGAAUGGCAGAAAUGAUAAAACACGAAUUAGAUGUGAAGAACUGUAAAAUAACCUCUACUGUAGAAGAUACAUGUUUUGUGACUAUACCUGAUGAUGAAAUAAAGCUUGAAAAUACAGAAAUUCGAGGAGAAAACAAGGUUCAAGGAUUUGAUCCUCUGCAAUCUGAACCUAAACUAAAGAGAAUCAAGAAUAAUAAAGAUGAAUAUCUUUGUUCUCAAUGUAAGCAUGCAGCAACUACAGCAAGGCAUUUGAAGAGACAUAUUGAAAGUAAACACAAAGGAGUGAGAUAUUCGUGUUCCCAAUGUCAGCAUUCUGCAACUACAACAAGUGAUAUGAAAAAACAUGUUAAAAAUAAACACAAAGGAGUGAGAUAUCCUUGCCCUGAAUGUCAGCAUGUUGCAACUACUACAAGUACUCUGAAGAAACAUGUUAAAAAUAAACACGAAGGAGUGAGAUAUCCUUGCCCUGAAUGUGAGUAUAUUGCAACUCAAUCAAAACUUCUUCAGAGCCAAGUUGAAAGUAUUCACGGAGGAGUGAGAUAUCCUUGCUUAAAAUGUGGAUUUAUUGCAACUCGAGCAGGAGAUCUAAAGAGACAUGUUGAAAAUAAGCAUGAAGGGGUGAGAUAUCCUUGUUUACAAUGUGAUUAUGCCGCGACUAGAGGAAGUAGUCUGAAGCAACAUGUUGAAAGUAAACAUGAAGGAGUGAGAUAUCCGUGCUCUCAAUGUGAGUAUGCCGCAACUAAAGCAGGUGAUCUGAAGAGACAUGUUGAAAGUAAACACGAUGAAGUGAGAUAUCCUUGCUCUGAAUGUGAAUACAUUGCAAAUAAAGUAAGUAGCCUGAAGAGCCAUGUUGAAAGUAUUCACGAAGGAGUGAGAUAUCCUUGCUUUAAAUGUGGAUUUAUUGCAACUCGAGCAGGAGAUCUAAAGAGACAUGUUGAAAAUAAACAUGAAGGGGUGAGAUAUCCUUGUUUACAAUGUGAUUUUGCUGCAACUAGAGGAAGUAGUCUGAAGCAACAUGUUGAAAGUAAACAUGAAGGAGUGAGAUAUCCGUGCUCUCAAUGUGAGUAUGCCGCAACUAAAGCAGGUGAUCUGAUUAGACAUGUUGAAAGUAAACACGAAGGAGUGAGAUAUCCUUGCUCUGAAUGUGAAUAUGUUGCACCGUCAGCACAGGGUCUCAAAAGACAUUUAAAGAAGAAACAUGAUCGCUAGUUUUUAUUGUUGUUAAAGUUCGUUGUAAUCGAAAUUAUAAAAGUUUUUCUUAGUUAUUAAUAUAUUGACUCACGUAGGUCCUCCUGGGGGUCCAUAUAAUUCCAUCUGAUCAAUCCCAAAUGUUGAUUGAUUAAUAUUAGGGGCAGAAGUAACCAUGUUGUUAUUGUAAACAAUUGGAAGUAUAUAAUGUCAAGUUGUAGAAA